AUGAGUACCAGCACCACGCCGCGCGGCCACAAACGGACGCGGUCCGACAGCUCAGUAGAGAUCAUCGCCGUGCGGAGCGUCAGCAAGAAGAAGAAGCAGCAGCAGCAGGCGACCCCGCCCCCGCCAGAGGAGAAGCGCCUGCGCGUCUUCCGACACGCGCCGCCGCACAAAUUCGACGCCAUCUGGGAGCGCGCCACAACAGAGCGCUUCUUUGUGCUCAAACGACAGCGGUUUGACGACGCGGAAAGUGGCUGUCCGGAAGAGGACUUUGAGCUGGCGGGCACCACGGGCAACGUGUACACGAUCCGCAUCGCGCGCCAGCCGGUGUGUAACUGCCCGUGGGCGCUCAAGGGGAACCAGUGCAAGCACACCGUAUACAUUCUACACCGGGUCCUCAAGGCCCCCUAUCAUCUCACGUACCAGCUCGCGCUCCUCAGCAGCGAGCUGCGGCACAUCUACGACAAGCUCCCGCAGCCCUCUGCCGACGCCGACGACGGCAAGAAGCGCAAGGCAAUCGAGGGCGAGUGCGCCAUCUGCUACAUGGACCUGGAGCAGAAAGACGACCAGAACAUUGUCUGGUGCCGCGCGGCGUGCGGGCAGAACCUGCACAAGGUGUGCUUCGACACGUGGGCGCGCACGUGCACCGCCCGCGACGUGACGUGCCCGCUGUGCCGCAGCCCCUGGGAGGCGAAGCAGAACACGGACGCGGCGGCAGUGGUGGUGGACACGGAUGCGGCGGUCGAGGGCGAGGACGGCUAUCUCAACGUCGCGAGCCAGCUGGGCAUCAGCCAAUACAGAGAUACGAGUUGGUAUCCCUCAUCGCGCUGGAUUGACCGCAUGGAAGCGAGGAUGGAGAAUUAUAACCGAAGGCGACGACGGUAUUAUUAUUGA